AUGGCUGAAACUAUUGCUAAGCAAGCACGUAGUGCUUCCACCAUACUGAAGACUUUAUCAAACGAGGAAAGAAGUUCUGCUCUGCAAACUGUUCAUGAUGCUUUGAAAGAUUCCAAAUCAACAAUUUUAGAAGCCAAUGUUAAAGAUAUGGAAGCUGCCCAAGCCCAAAACUUGUCAUCCUCAUUGAUCAAACGUCUUGAUUUGAGCAAAGGUGACAAAUUUGAUGUGAUGUUACAGGGUGUGUUGGAUGUUGCAGCUUUAGAAGACCCAGUUGGUAAAAUCACUUUAGCUACUAAGCUGGAUGAUGGUUUAGACUUAUACAGAUUAACUGCCCCAGUUGGUGUGCUGUUGAUCAUUUUUGAAUCAAGACCAGAAGUCAUUGCAAAUAUCACAGCUUUGGCUAUCAAAUCUGGUAACACAGCUAUCUUGAAAGGUGGUAAAGAAUCGUUACACACUUUUACUGCUAUGGCCAACGUUGUUAAUGAAGCGUUAGCUAAGACUGCAGUUCCAAAAGAUGCUAUCCAAUUAAUCGCCUCUAGAGAAGAUGUUGCUGCUUUAUUGGACCAAGACAAAUACAUUGAUCUUGUUAUCCCAAGAGGUUCAAAUGAGUUGGUACGCAACAUUAAGAGUAACACCAAGAUUCCAGUUUUAGGUCAUGCCGAUGGUAUCUGUUCAAUCUUUGUUGACAAAGCUGCUGAUUUAGAAAUGGCCUCUAAAAUCGUUUUUGAUGCUAAAACCAACUACCCAGCAGGUUGUAAUGCUGUGGAAACUUUACUCAUACACAAAGAUUUGAAAGAUAAAGUUGCAGAAAUAGUAAAUCGUUUGGUUAAAGGUGGCGUAACUUUGCACACCACCGAAGAGGUUAAAGCUUCUUUACCAAAUGUUAAGACUGUUCCAGCUGUUGAUGGUGAUUUUGAUAAAGAAUUUUUGGCACUAGAUAUUGCAGUCAAAUUUGCUGAUUCAGUGGAAGAUGCCAUUACCCACAUUAACACACAUUCUUCAAAACAUACUGAAUCAAUCAUAACAGAAAACAAAGAAACAGCUGAAAAAUUCUUGAAAGCUAUUGAUUCCGCUGGUGUUUACUGGAAUGCAUCAACUAGAUUUGCUGAUGGUUUCAGAUAUGGUUUUGGUACUGAAGUUGGUAUCUCAACUAACAAAAUUCAUGCUAGAGGACCAGUUGGUCUUGAAGGUUUAGUCAUUUAUCAAUAUCAAAUAAGGGGACAUGGACAAGUUGUUGGUGACUACUUGGGUGGUGGUGGUUCCAGACCAUUCAUUCAUCAAAAUAUUGACGUUAAAAACGUUACCUUUUAA